UCAGUGUACGGUCAAUGGAAGCCGCAUUGUGUAGAUGGUAGCCUACUUAGUAACCUAAUAGAAUUACAUUGUUGAAAACACGGCACUGUACAUCUUCAGAGCUGUAUGAACUAUAUAUCAGACAAGCAAGAAACACUAUUUGUAUUUUGUUAGAUCAUCAGUGAUUAUUGAAUAAUGCCUUUGAGGACCGGACUUUUUCUUCUAAUGGUGCUGAUUGCAUCUGCAUAUGAACUGGAUCAGAACGAGUCGUAUUCACCCAGAAGAGCCCGCUUUUCAGCAAAUACCCCUUCUGAUGUGGCACGCUGUCUGAACAGUGCCCUCCAAGUAGGCUGUGGAGCUUUUGCCUGCCUGGAGAAUUCCACGUGUGACACAGAUGGCAUGCACGACAUCUGCAAGUCCUUUCUCUACAGUGCAGCUAAAUUUGACACUCAGGGCAAAGCCUUUGUUAAAGAGAGCCUCAAGUGCAUUGCCAACGGCAUCACCUCAAAGGUGUUCCCCACCAUCCGCCGCUGCUCCACCUUCCAAAGAAUGAUCUCAGAGGUUCAGGAGGAGUGCUACAGCAAGCUAGAUAUCUGCACUAUCGCCCGCAUCAACCCAGAUGCCAUUGGAGAGGUGGCACAGCUCCCAAGCCACUUCCCCAACAGGUUUUACGGUAAGCUCCUCCAGAGCCUGAUGGACUGUGAUGAGGAGACUGUGGACCUGGUGAGGGCCAGUAUGGUGUCCAGGCUCGGCCCAGAGAUGACUAUUCUCUUCCAGCUGCUGCAGAACAAGCCCUGCCCCUCGGCUGCUGCUGCUAUUGCUGCUGCCAUUCCAACUGGAGUGGAGGGCCGUGGGAGCUUGCAGUGGUCCAUGGGUCCACACAUGUAUAAGAUCCAGCCUGGUCUACGCAACAGAGACUCUGCCAGCCAUUUAGGCAAGAGGCGUGCCACUGGUGACAGCUCCUAACUCCCACUCAGAUCCGGAAACUACACACACCCCUCAAAAACAUAAACAAGCUAACAGUGGUCUCUUCACUUGGGUAUUUAAGAAUCAUUCCUCUCCAGGCUGGAAAAUAACAUGCACCUCUAAGAGAAUAGCCAAUGUGUUUCAAGUAUGUUUAACAUCAAAGUUUGAGUUGUUGUGUGAGGUACCUUAGCUUUGAGAGGAUCCCCUCCCCUAAACUAUUUCCUAACUCUUAUCACUCACACUGUUUUUUCAUUGAACAUGUUGUUAUUGUAGCACCACAACUUGGCCCUGUUCAUUCCUGUUCACUUCCCAUACUUGAUAUAGUAUCAUCUGAGAGCCAAGUAUCAUCUGAGAGCCUAGUGAGGAUGAUGUCCCUCUAAGUUUUCUGUCUAGGAUUUCAAGCAUAAACCUGCAGGUAUGGUUCAUAUCUAUAGAGCACAAGUGUUCCCAAAUAAUUUUGGUUGCAAUAUUCAAAUGUGCAUCCAUUAGUAGAAUAUCAAUUGAUAAGUCAACAAUAUCUUCAUCAAUAGAUAAUUAUUAAUAGACGUUUCAUACAGUUUAUGUGAGAUAUUUCUAUAUUAUGAGAUUAGUCAAAUGAGUGUGCUAUAUAAAUCAGUGUCACAUAGUCACUGACACAAACAGGAUUUAUUUAUUUAUUAAUUAUUAGUCUCAGAUGGCCACAGCUAGCUCUGUGAGAGAGGCGUGUCCCUCAGAUGAGAGCAAUCCUAAUCAACUUUGCGCAGGAAGCUACUUUCGUCCGACCAAAUAACUUGAAACCACCCAAAAUGUUAUUCAAACCAGACUUAAAUGUGGUGGAAGGUGUUUAGCUAACGCCAAAUACCAGAGAAUAUAGCAUUGUUUAGAUACAACUACAUAUGUUCUGUCCUGAAACACUCAGUUCACAAUAAGUACGGACCAGCAGUGUAACUUAUGAGCAGGUGACCCCCUGAGAUUGAUAGAGGUCACCCCCUUGGACUGAUGAACAAUAUUCUCCCUGGUGAAUAUGACACGGAGGGGUUGGAUCAUACACACUGACUUCCAGUGUUGAUAAUGACUAUUUAAAAGCCUUGUUGGUAUAACAUUGAUAUUUAUUUUCCUACUAUAUUUAACUUGUUAUUUUAUGAUGUUGCUGUAGUUUUAGUUACAGAUAUACAAUUUUAAAGUGCAGUUUGGUCAUGGCUCCUAUUUCAAUGGGGGCUCAUGAUCAAAUACUAUAGUAUCUGCCACUCUCCACACUUUCCGCUCUGUUGACUGAAUAAGACCCAUGGUAUGACUCUGUGCUGGACAUAGGGGAACAACAUUGUCACUUAUGUACUGUUGCAAGGGGACUUUGUGUUUAUUUUCCAAACCCAGUUAAUAAUGUUAUAAAGGUAGAGAGAAAUUGUGGUCAAGCCAUUCAUUGUACAUUUAACAAACAGCUAAACUUGAAGACGGAACUGCAAGCAUUUGCUGAAUCUAUUCUUAACAUCAUGCAAAAUAAUGUAUCUCUCAGAAAGGUUACCCUAGUGACAUAACUCCAUUAGUGCUUCAACAGGGGGAGAUUAAUUCAUAAGAUUUUGAGCAGUGUAUUCUCACAGUGCACAUGCCUGGCUGAGAGAGACGUACUUCAGGGGGAAAGAACGUUAAAGAGAUGUGAUGGUUUUACAAUACAAAAUGAUUUGAAAUGUUAAGAACUCACAAACCUAUGCAAUAAUCUCUCAUAUGGAGGAUUCACAGUAACACACAAACAUGCCCUUUGUCACAAACAAAGCCAGCUGAUGCUGAAUAUAUGUGGCAGCAGCUUAUUUGCUCCCAUACUUAUAGUGAAGUAGCAGACAACGUGCCCCUGGACUCCCCCUUUCUGUUGCCGAGUUUGUUGCUGUGGUCUCUGUUGUAUUGUUUUUUUGUUUAGUAUUUUUCUUGGGAUAUAAUAUCUUGCUUUUAGUAGCAAUAUUGUGUAUAUUCAAAAUAAAAAAAGUAAGGAAAAAAAUCCCUCAGAAAUGUUAAGACUGUAUUACUUAUGUUACAUGUGCACUUUGCAUCUCUUAUGACCACUAAAGGGCCACUGAAUCGUUCAACACUUGUGAUGGGUUGGGGCUACGUCCUUUCUGUACUGUUAAUAUCUCUGUGUCUGUAAUAGCUGGACAAAUCCAGAACAGUUGCUGCUAAAGAAUAGCUUGCUCCCUUGUAUGAUGGAUUAUAAUUUCCCCUAAAACAUUUACUUGGAUAUCUUUGGUAAAAACCCAUUCACAGAACCUGGCAUCAAUCUGUAUACUUGCAUUUUACCAUUUACAUUCAGUUUGGCACUUCUUCUGGAAUUUGUACAUUUCUUUGAAUGUUGCUUGCAGUGAAUAUAUGCCAAUGGUGUUCUGUUUAUUUCCUCUCCCUUGAGACUAUGCUUAUACAUCCAAGUUCUGGGUAACUUCAGAGAAUGUAUCUUAUAUUGAAUGUCUGUUCUGAUGAGGAUGUGCCCAAACCUAGAUGGUUCAUUAACGUAUUUUAGAAUGUGUGUUUCGUUUAAAGGUGGUGUAUGAAAGUCUGAGAAUUAAAUUAAAUUAACAGACUUACAAGUCAUAUUUUGUUAUUUCAAGACAUGUUUUGUUCAUUAGCCUUUUACUGCAGUGGGCUAAAUCAGGGUCACACACUGUUUCUUGGUAGUCUUAAACAAAUCUAUUUUAGGUGUGUUCAUAAAUUCACUCUGAAGUACCAAUGUGCUCUGGGCGUUUGUAAAUGCAUAGCUUUUUCAGAGCACACACGGCACGCUCUGGCCGAGGAGUAGGGUUGAUCCAAGCUUCCUGACCUCACAACUGCACUUAAGCACCCAAGCUAACUGGCUGAAGUUUGCUUGCUUGCUAGCUACUUCCAGACACAAAUGACAGAACACCUCACUCUGACCAUUUUACUCGCCCCAGCAGAGCUAGUUUUCAUGUUAUGUAGAGCGUUGUUGACUAAUUGUGCUGCUGGCAACAAGUUAAUUACGUGUUUUGCCAACAUUUACUGACACCGGUCAUAAAUUGCUCAGUUAUUCUGUGCUUUUGCACACUCAGACGAGAGUGCCCGGAAAUCGGCGUAGAUAGAGUGGAUUUACGAACGCACCCUUUGAAACAAACGUAUACACCUCACACACAUGGUUAUGGGCUUGAUAAAUGAAGACACCUGUAAGAUGUAGAGUUGAAAUGUAUUCCAUUUUGAGUUUGCAUCCCAAUAUUACACUUUGUAUACAUCACAGAACACUGAAAUAUAACAAAACCUUUUGCAAAGAAACACUGGAUUUUAUGCGUUAAAAAAAUGCUUGUUUAUGAAUUAUGAAAAAUAUGAAUAAUUCCACCCAUGAGGCCACUAAUUCCACCCAUUUGGUCAUUUGACUGCAGGAAAGGGCUACGCUAUUUGUUGCAAAUCAAGAUUAGGAUGAAUUUUGGGUGGUAGGCCAACUGCAUUAUUAGCUAGAUCUAUAGCUAAAUCUAUCCAUAGUGAAAUCAUCAGCAGCAGUUUCUUUUGAUACACUAUACGUUUAGGGCAGGUCGGGGACUGGGCUCCCUGAACUCUGGAACUUCAUGGUACUCGUUCUUCUCAAGACUUGAAAUCAAUAUGAAUACAGUAUAUGUAUACUUUUGCCAGAAUUAAAACUACUGGGGUGAUUAAUAAGAAUUACAGCUUAAUCGUAGUGACAGUUGCUUUACUUUCAAAUUCGUAGAUGAAAUGAAUCAGUAAGACAUUUGAGGAGAUUGCUUGCUGAAGUUCCUAAUACAGUAGCUACCGUAUGUUAAUUAAGCAUGAUUGAUCCUUGUAAAUCACUUGCACUUUAAUACAUACCCAUCUACAUAUAUACCCAUACUGUAGAUAUGUAUGGGGUUUUUUCUCUGUGCUGAAACUUAUGAAAGAUACAAAUGUAUCAUCUGUGUGUCUUUGCUGAUUAGAAAUAAACUAUUAUCAUA